GGCCGAACGUCUCCCCCUCCUUUCCCUUCCCCUCCCCCUCGCUGCCAUCCCUGCCAUCUCACAAACUUAGGUUAUGAUUUAGUUUUAUUAUUGUAGAGUAUAUUUGUUAUGUUAGGUAAUGAACUUUUGAGGGAAAGAAUCCCUCCAUUGAAAGAGAUGUCUCUCCGUGAUUGGCGCCAGGCGCUCACUACUCCACCAAUGUAUCGAGUUGGUAAUAGUACAUUGAGAAUCCAAACCCACUUUGUAUGCCUCAUAGCAGCUGUUGGAUUAUUUGUUUUAAUUGUGUGGUAUGCAAUGUCUCCGCCUAGCAGAAGCCAUAGAUCUUACCUCUAUUCUGAGCAUUACGAUAUGCUUCCCUUAAGCAAUGUCAUAACUCCUAAAUCUGUAAUUGAUUCUUACAAUGCAACUUACCCACUAACUCCACCUGUCAGGUCAGCUUUUGGGAUAACAUAUAGAAUAGGUGUUAUCAGCGAUCUGGAUACAGAUUCUAAAAGUACUUCAGAAUCAAGUACGUGGGUUAGUUAUUUCAAGAAAGGUCACUUAACUUGGGACCGUGUUCAUGGCUCUGCAAGUUUUAAAUGGGAUGCUUCAGAACCAACACGGCUGACAAGUACUCUUGGGCAAGGCAAGCGAGGGAUGGAACUGUCAGAGCUGAUUGUAUUUAAUGGAAAGUUGUAUGCACCUGAUGAUCGAACUGGAAUAGUUUAUGAAAUUGAUGGAACUAAAGCCAUUCCGUGGGUGCUGCUUACUAAUGGUGAUGGGCGCAGAGUUAAAGGAUUUAAAUCCGAAUGGGCAGCUGUUAAAGACAACAAACUAUAUGUUGGUGGGCUAGGUAAAGAAUGGACAACAUCCACUGGGGAGUUGGUAGACUUUGACCCAAUGUGGAUCAAGCAAAUCCAUCCUACUGGGCAAGUCUCUCAUCAUGAUUGGAAGACUAACUAUGAAAAGCUCAGAAGAUCAGUUGGUAUUGAAUUUCCUGGAUACAUGAUACAUGAGUCUGCAGUAUGGAGUAAUAUACAUAAAAAAUGGUUCUUCCUUCCUCGGAAAAUGUCUAAAGAAAUUUACCAUGAAGAUAAAGACCCAUAUCAUGGAACAAAUCUUUUACUUACAACAGAUGAAAAUUUCUCCAAUAUUGAUGUUGUUAGUGUUGGAGAAGCUAUCAGAACCCACGGAUUUUCAAGCUUUAAAUUCAUUCCUGGGACUGAGGAUGAUGUAAUUGUUGCUCUCAAAUCAGAGGAAACGCCGCAAGGAUCGGCAACUUAUAUCAUGGUUUUUGAUAUUAAAGGCAAGAUUUUGUUUCCAGAGACCAAAAUAGCUGAUAUAAAAUAUGAAGGAAUAGAAUUUAUAUAAUGAUCAGAGUAAUGAACUUUAUUAGCAUUUUUUAAAAUAAUUAUUAGGGCACAAAUAAGUUUAUCAGUAAUUUGUGCCAUAAAUCGGCUUUUUUCAAGGUAGGAUUCUCACUGUUCUUUCAGGAUGGGUGAUACGAAGCCAGAUAACAAGCAUUUCUUGAUUGAGAUAAGUAGAUUUGACUGUGAUAUUGUAAUUUUUAUCAUAUACUGCUCAUCUGUACAUCCCCCUCAUCCUAGUUUUACCUAAAAAUAUUAAGUUUCCCUUUUCAGAUUUGUGUCUAGCUUUUUGCAGUAGAUUGAUUUUACAAAUACUCCAACUAAAUUGUGAGGAGACCAAAACUAAGCCGCAAGUAUUUAUUAUCUAAAAAUGUUUUCUCCGUAGUGACCAUUUUAGUUGAAUAAAAUGUGUCUUCUUGUAUA